UUUGGAGAAGAGAGUAUGACUCGACUAAUAAGGUGGAUGCAGAAACACAAGAUUCCAUUGGAUGCUUCAGUGCUUGAUAUUGGAACUGGAAAUGGUGUUUUCCUGGUUGAACUUGUUGGCAAAAUUUGGUUUCUCUAAUAUUACUGGAAUUGAUUACUCUCCCUCUGCAAUACAGCUUUCUGGAAAUAUUAUAGAGAAAGAAGGUUUAUCUAACAUUAAGUUGAAGGUAGAAGACUUUUUGAAUCCUUCCACAAAACUGUCUGGAUUUCACAUUUGUAUUGACAAAGGGACUUUUGAUGCCAUAAGCCUUAAUCCUGACAAUGCAAUUGAAAAGAGGAAGCAAUAUGUGAAAUCUCUCUCCAGGGUGUUGAAAGUGAAAGGCUUUUUUCUAAUAACCUCAUGUAAUUGGACCAAGGAAGAGUUGCUAAAUGAAUUCAGUGAAGGAUUUGAACUUUUUGAAGAGCUGCGGACACCCAGGUUCAGCUUUGGAGGCAGAUCUGGAAACAGUGUAGCAGCAUUGGUUUUCCAAAAAACCUUACUUUACUCAGAGCUCUUCCAUCCAGUGAGUUGCAAGCGUGACAUUUGCUGUGUUUUCAGCACCUGCCAACUUGGAAACCAGGGUUUGUGCUCAGGACUUAGGCUUACAACCCACACUUUGUGGUGCACAAUGCCGUCCCAGCUGGCAUGCUUCUUACCUCAAUGGUGCUAGACGUUCGGUUACAAAGCUGUGCAGAUUCACAUGCGCUGAUUUCAAUAGGCAUUCCCCUUCAAGCUGCUUUCAACUCUCAUUUUGUAUCAAAGGAGUUAGAUUGGUAUCAUUAAAUUCACUGCUGUGCUUAUUUUUCAAUGAAAAUAAAUUCAUUUUAUUUAUCUCUUGAAUCAAAAAAUAACUGUCUUCAAGAACCAAAGUACCUCUUUAAAAAGGUGUGUAUAUAUAGAUAUAGGAGAUAGAUUUAUAGAUCUAUAUCUAUAUAUCUAUAUCUAUAUGAGAUUCCAGCCUGGGCUGUAACUCAUUUUCAUUAGUGGAAAGGUUUCAGAACAAAAGACAAAAAGAAUAGAAAGGAAAGAACAGAAGGACUAGUGUGUCAUAACAUGCUUAUGUAGGUAGGGCUGUUAGUUGUAGCUGGAUCAUAGGUGUGGGAACAAUUAUAGAACUUAUUUUUUUGAAUAAGCUGCAUAAGAAAAUUGCCCCCAUAGUAGGUUCAGAUUUUUGGCUUCCAUCAAUAACCAAAAAGUUUACAUAGUUUUAAAAGAAGUGUAUUUCGCUAACUUGUUUUCAGUAGCCAAUCCCUUUGAAAAUGUUUCAGGUGGACUUCGUGAUGUCUAUCUUCCCAUCAUCUAUUAUAAGCAAUUUUAAAAGGUUCUCCUUUAAAAAAGAUCUUUUCAUAUGUAGAAAGGACAGUGUGAAAUGUGAAUGACUGGCUUUUAAUACAGCAGUUGUGACAAAGAGGCAGUGGCUUUUGGAAGCUGAAUAAAGGGGUUAAUGCACAUGCAUCUGCAUACUGCUGUUGGGUCCAAUGUAUAACACGUUCGGUGUCUGUUUCACUCACGUUGUUAGUCUAAAAAGAAUGUUAUUCUCAGAGACAAACCAGUUUAUCAUUUUUUAGUGGUGAGCUCUUUUUACAAUCAUAGGUACAGAUAAAUUUGAUGGGAGAAACUGAGCAAUACUGACUGGUACUUGCUCAGACUUCAAAGCUCAGCUCCUUGGUGUUUGAACAUCAUAUUUAUCUGGUUCUGAAGGCACAAAAAUAAAACACCCACUAACUACCAAGGACAUUUCUUAGUGCAUGUCAAAACCCAAUCUUUACCCUCCUCUGCACAAAUGUGCUUAGGUGAAUACUUUUAUUAGCUUGCUGAUACAAGUUAUAGUUGGUUACACCCUUUCUUAAUAAAAUACACUCUUAUUGCCUCCUGUUGCUUAAGAGCUUUAAACUUGGAAUGGGGGAACCGUCUAGCAUAGAAUGCUACUCAGCUUGUAUCUCCCAGGCAGUGUUGAGUGGACAUAUCACACAUACCAUACAGACAGGCAUUCCUUCUUUUGGUAGUUCUGCUUUGCGGGGAGCCGGGAGCCAGAAGAGCCAGUAUUGCCGUGCUUUCUCCCUAGGAUCCAUAUAUUGGUCUUGGAGUGAGAUUGUAUGUAAUCCCUAGGCUGUUCUAUGGCUUAACCAGGUUAGUGUUGGUUGAUGAUAAUGGAAAAGUUACAGGUGAUCAUUUUUGGAUUAUUUAUGGAUUUAUUCCUAAAUUGGCCUAUGAAUUUGCAUAUUGGUGUCUGGUUGUGCUCUAAAUCUGGUUUUGAUUUGGUUUUGACCUUUGAGGACUGAACAAAGGUAGACAGCUUAGCCCCCCACCCUUCCUCCGACUGCAGUUUACAUAGUUUUAAGUCCAGAGUUUGACUGAGUUUGUAUUUACUCUUUUGAAUUGAGCAACUCUAAUAUACAAACAUUUGGGUAGGAUUUUUUAUAAUAAAGAACUAUGUAGUAUAGCCCUAAAAAGUGGUGUGUGUUAUAUCUAUAGGACUUUAUUACAUGAUGUGGGAAGGCCUAUAGUAUGGAAGGUUAGUGGCACAGGCCUUAAUGUAUAUUUUUAGUCUUUGGACAUUCAAAUUAAGUAUAUGAGAAAUAGCUAUUCAUUGGUUAGUAGCAGAACUCUUGAAGCAGAUAGUUUAAUUCUCUACACUUUUAAGAAAGCCUCAGAACCAGAAAAACAGGCUGCUUUAGGUUAGAAAGGAGGCGGUACAGCAAAGGACCUUGCCAUAACCACAGUCCUUGCAGUUUUGUGAGACUAAAAUCAUCCUGAAAGCAGCAAGAAUAAUGGUUGCAAUAAUUGUUUCCAGGUUUGGGACCCCUGAAUUUUGUUUUUUAAGUUGACCCGAUGAACUAGUAAUUGCAGGAAUAAACUGAAUGCUUACCAGCAGGAGUCACUCUAGGCCUCCUAAUAAAAAGUAAAUUAAACUAUAUCCUUAAAGCUCUCGAAGGCUGAGGUGACGCUGUGAUAAGAUGGCAUUAGGGCAGUGUAGCAGCAUUCUCAAAUUAUCCCUUAUGCCUUUCUUUGUUCAAUCUAGGAAGACUUGGUUCUUGCUCCUUUCAGAAUUGGCCCUUGAUACAUUUUUUUUAGAGCAGUGUUUGUGGAUAAAGAUAUCCGUACCUUACUAUUCUGCAUAUUAGCUCACUUUGGCUUUCUUAGGAUGAAUUGAUCAUUACCCCACAUCAUCUACUUGAAUGAAUACUCACAUCCUUCUUCUGUUUGUUGUCCAUCCUACAGUAGAAAUCUCUAGAGUUAGCUGUAGUUAGUGUGAAAGGAGAUGUUUGCUCGUGGUUUUCUGAAAAAGAAUGGGUCCAGUGUGAUGAGAAGCUGAAAUAUUUUAGCAAUAGCCAUGAAAUAUAAUAGUUUCCCAAGUGUACACAAGCUCAAGAAGUUAAUUGUUCAUUUAUGUUUGAUACUGGGAUUGAAACAUUGGAUUAAAACCAAUUAAAUGUUCCUAGAAGCAGCAGAAAAAGUUUCCUGAUUUAUGAAUAGAACCAUUCAGAUGGCGCAGACACAAUCAUGUAAAGUAAUGAGGUGUUUUGUUUUUUUGGCAAAGGAGAACACAAAACAGGCAUAGGGAGUUCUUUUCAAAAAC